GCCUUUUAACCCCACCCAACUCUUGUCAAAUUGACGUAUCUGUAUGGUUGCCUGCUUGCUAAUGUCGGCAGACGAGGAGAAUUACACCAGUUUAAUGUCUAAGCCAGGCAUUUUAGGACUUUUAGACAAAAUUGAAACCAUCUAUCAGUAGGUUAAAUCAUUCAUCGAUAACAAUUCAGAGGAUACGUGAAGGAUUAUCCCCGGCGUAAAGCAGGAGGGGAUAUUUUUUGUUGUGUGGUUGUCUACAAAAACGGGCAAAAUUUCGUCGAUACUGUACAGUAUGGGAUGUUUUAAGCCAAAGGGAGGCACGGGAGACGAUCAUGAAGAAGAUAAACUUAGAAAACAAAUUAAUAAACGGAUAGAUGAGGAACUUAAAAAGGAGAAACAAGUAUAUCGAGCCACACAUAGGUUGUUAUUAUUAGGUGCCGGUGAAUCUGGAAAAUCGACGAUUGUGAAACAAAUGAGGAUAUUGCAUGUGAAUGGAUUCUCUGCAGAUGAAAGAAAAAACAAAAUAGAAGAUAUUAAAAAGAAUAUUAGAGAUGCAAUUUUGACAAUAACAGGGGCCAUGGCUACACUUAAUCCUCCCGUUCUUCUAGAAAAUCCAGAUAACCAAUUUCGAGUGGACUACAUGCAAGAUGUUGCCAGUCAAAAAAAUUUUGAAUAUCCCUAUGAAUUCUAUGAGCACACAGAAAUUUUAUGGAAAGAUAAGGGUGUGCAAAACUGUUAUGAAAGAUCUAAUGAAUACCAAUUAAUUGAUUGUGCCCAAUACUUUUUAGACAGAGUUCAUAUAGUGAAACAACCAGAUUACACUCCAACAGAACAGGAUAUAUUACGGUGUAGAGUAUUAACGUCAGGAAUCUUUGAAACAAAAUUUCAAGUGGAAAAAGUUAAUUUUCAUAUGUUUGAUGUAGGAGGCCAGAGAGAUGAAAGAAGAAAAUGGAUUCAGUGUUUUAACGAUGUUACAGCUAUCAUUUUUGUCACAGCCUGCAGUAGUUAUAACCUUGUUUUAAGAGAGGAUGCUACUACAAAUAGACUCAGAGAGUCAUUAAACCUUUUCCAAAGUAUUUGGAAUAACAGGUGGCUACGAACAAUCUCCAUUAUAUUAUUUUUAAACAAACAAGACCUUCUAGCUGAAAAAAUUAAGGCUGGCAAAUCAAAGCUUGAAGAUUAUUUCCCAGACUUUAAACGAUACCAAAUACCUAAUGAUGCUUGUGUAGAUCCAGGGGAAGACGCAGAGGUUGUUAGAGCAAAAUAUUUCAUACGUGAUGAAUUUUUGCUUAUAACUGGAUAUAGAAUGUCUGAAGUGAGAAUAAGUAUGCCACCGGAUGAAGGUAAACAUGGUGGCCAUCACAACCCAGUCCAUCAUUGCUAUCCACAUUUUACAUGUGCCGUGGAUACAGAAAAUAUAAAACGGGUGUUUCGGGACUGUCGAGACAUAAUUCAACGGAUUCAUCUCCAUCAAUAUCAGUUGUUAUGACAUUCAUAUGAUGGUGACCAAACUGUUUAUUCAAUCGUUAUUAGAUGAACCAUGAUGACAGAAAGGUACACAAAACAUGAUGAACUGAUAGAGUGCACCCUGUACAUUGUUUCAAUUUUGUGCUUCACAGGAUUGACAAAUAUUUUUACAACCAAAACCAUACAUUUGUUUGACAAAUUUUACAAAGAUCAAUCCGUUUUAUAGUUGUUUAAAUCUAAAUCAUGUUUGAUUGUUGCCUUCUUAGCAGUCAUGAAUUGUUUAUAAGUCUGUUUUUUGAAGUCGAAAAAAUGGCUAGCCAUAUUAAAAAAAACAUGACCAGUCCUUUAAAAAGAUGAAUGAUGAGUGCCUUAACAGUGGCUAAUUGGUUAAAACAUGUAAGGUUUUGGUUGUAAUGACAAUAUUGAUGCAUACUUUAAACGGCUUGUUAUAAUAUAAACUAUAUAGAAGGAUUUAUAUGACGUUCCUGUAUAAAGAUCUUAUAAUUUAAAAUAAAAUUCGAAUUGAGGCAAAAGUCAAAUUCACAAAAUCAUGAACAUUUUUACUGUAGAUAUAUUAUUUUAGUCAGGAUACAUGCUUUAUAUAAACCAUAAAGCAAUGAUUGUCAUUCUUAGAUUAUACAUAAAAAGUUUGUUAAAUUUUCAUACAUAUUAACGGAUUUCUAAACUAAUUCUUAUAUUAAGAAAAUAUACACAACAUUCAUAAACGAUUUUCUCAAUGAUAUUUAUUAACUUUUAAGAAAUUAAACAUGCAUUUGUUAUAAAUGAGCAGAAUAAUAGAAUGCAGACCGAUCCAGAGUGCUAAUUUUUUUUCUCACAAAGUGAUAUAUCUCCAGUAAUCAAACACUGCAUAUUUUGCGUCUGUUUAUUAUAUAUACAUGUAUAUGUAAUGCAUUUUGUAUGGAUGUAACCGCAAGUAAUAGUGUUCCAAUGGUGAGAAGUUGUAUAUGACAUAAGGCCAACCCAAAUGAAAUGGGUUUUUUUUUAAAUUCUGUUGUUAUUCUUUUUAAAGUUAAGUUUAAAAGUUUUCCUCUGCCAAAGAAGCUCCUAUAUAAAGUUGAAUGACAUACUAUUCUUGUUUAAUCAACAUUUGUUAUGUCUGUUCAUUAAUUUUUUGUAGAUUUAAAAAAGAGAAAUUAAAGUAUAGAUACUCCUUGUAUUCAAAAGAAAAAAUUCAAAAGAACAACAAGUUUUAUUUGAGUGGCUUGUAAGGGGUAGAUAAUGGGUCUUAGGAAUAUUUUUGCAUUUUGAAAUGAAAUAAAGAGAUGUAUCAACAUAAAAAAACAUAUUUUAGCCCAUACAUAAAACUUGUUUUGAUUACAAACUUUUGAUUCAAUAUAUUUUCCAGGGAAAAGAUGUGAUUCUAAGAGGUGUAAACCAUUUUUGUUUUAAAAAAUUAGUGCGUUCUAAGUUAACUUCAAAUAAAAAACUUGAAACCAUUUACAACAAAUAGUUUAUAGCUUUCAUUGAUGUGUUAUAAACAAACAUAUCAUCUUUUUAUUCUAAUCAAGUGUUAAAACUUUCAACACAAAACUUAAUACUAUUUAAAUAAAAAUGCUUUGUGAAAUGGAGCUGUCAGUUUUGAGUCUGUUACAUCCCUUAUCAUGUUAUAUAUAUGCAUUGCGACUCCUAUCUUGUUUUUCAUUAGGUGCUGUUAUAUAUAUCAAGCUUUGUAUGUCGAGAGAAGUAACUUAUUUGACAGUAGCCUGUCUUGUAAUAUAUAUAUGGUUUUUUUUAUUUGAGCAAAACAAUUCUUAGUUAUACACAGAUGUGGAUUAAAGAAUCGAGGGUGGAUCAAUAGCCCUCAAGAGGUUGUUCAAUUUUUAGCCUGUAUUAAUCAUUUCAGUUGAUUUGAAAAGAAAGACUAAAAACUAAAUAAAAGAACUUAGAAGAUAUGGCAGUUUUCCUGAGAAUUCUGUACUGUUGUAUCAAAAAACUUAAUAUAUGUGUUUUGCUCUUCAGAAUUUUAAGAUAUAAGAUGUGACACUUUUGUAGAUUCAUUUAUUUUCGUAGUUACAAAUUUUAGUGGAUUGAGAAAAAAAAAUCAUGGAAACUUGAAUUCAUAGUUUUAACAAUUUCUCCAAACAGAUUUAUGGAAUAUUGGUAUUUUGUUGGACACUUGAAUUCAUGGUGCACGUAAGCCUAAGAAAUCCACAACAAUUAGUAAUCCACGAAUAUCUAUGAUCCAAAGUAUUAUCAUUCAGCAAUUUUAUUGUCCAGGUUAUGCACAUAUUAUGUAUAUUGUAUAAAUGUAACAUUUAGAAAUUUCUUAUGUAGAAUUUUUGUGGUGACGCAAAAUUUUAUUAGAAAAACUAUUUAUAUGAAAAAAGAAAUAACCGGUUUUUUUAAUUUUUCUUCUUCUCAAGAAAACAUGUAGAAUAAGUAGUGAGAAAUAAAAGAGAGUUAUUGCUGUAUUAUUCAUCGUGAUAAAAGAGAGUUAUCGCUGUAUUAUUCAUCGUGAUAAAAGUUAUAUAUAUAUAUAUAUAUAAUGUAUGUUGACCUCUAUAUAUUUUUUUGUCAUUUCUACUGAUGGUGAGCUGUCUUAUUGAUAUUUUCCACAAAUUUCCUUCAUUCAUAUAUUUCUAAGGUCUACUCUAUGGCUAUUUUUCUCAGAAGCCCCUUUAUUAACAAAAAAUAGAAGAAAUGACCUCCAGAAACAGCGUGUGAGAAAGCAUCAAAACUGAGACCACUAUACAUAUCUAUAAAUAAAAGCAUUAGUAGUAUACUGCUGUUUAACAGCUCAAACAACAGAGUCUCAUAUCAAAAUGCUCCUAAAAUAAAAAAAAUCACAAUUAGUGACCGUAAACUCCGUUCGGACAGUCGAACAGCUGCUGUGUGAAAUUUAACGUUUAUUAACAAACAGGACACAUAUAAAAUCGUGUAUUUUUGCAAGAUAUUCAAUGAAUUCAGCGAGUGUUUCAUCCAAAACAACUAACUAAGCAGAAUAAACAAGAUUGGUCCACAGACCAAACAUCACUUUCAAACAAAAACCCACCAUAACAUUUUUGAAUAAAAAUAAAAUUGGUUUGAACUAGCAAUUUUAAUCCAAAACAAAUAUAAUAAAGCAAAAGAGAUUGACAUGCAAUAGUUCACCGGCUCAUAAGUAAUCCCUUUUUGUAUUCUACAAAUAUCUGCGAGUGUGAAUUUAAGGACAUGCUAAAGCAAGUAUUUUAAAUGUCAAAAGCUAUUUUUGCUUUAAACCGUUGGCUUGUUAUCAUUCUUAUUUAACUGAAACACUUUCCAAAAUAAACAUUAUUAUCAUAUUUCACAUCCCUAUGCUUUUACAAGUGUCUUUUAGUAUAAUGAAUGAAUGUCAAACUAUUUUGAAGUAUUUCAAAUAUCAAACAAUUAUUGUGAUCAAAGCGGUAACAGUUUUCACCUGUAAUCUAUUAGCACAAAAUACGUAUAAGAGAUAGUGGCGUCAGAAAUUAUCUAGAUGAGGGUUUUUUUACGUAUAAUUCUUGGUAUAUUAGUUUUAAAAUGUUAAAAGAUGUUUACAGUAAUUAAUCAAUGUGGAAGGAACGGAUGAUGACUAAAUUUGGUGUCCGAUUUUAAUAGUAAACGUGUUGUUUUCAUUUUUUUUUUACAGCACUGGGUCGAUACCUCUGCUGGUGGACUAUCAGUCCCCGAGGGUACCUCAGCUCAGUAAUCAGUAUUUCGGUACUGGCAUGAUUUAUAACAAACCUAUGUCCGUUCAUAAAUUUUAAUUUUUUUAAAUUUUCAAAGAAA